AGUAGUAUUGUUGAUUCUCAGUUGGAAAAAUGGCAGCGGUGAAAAGAGCCAGGAUGUUUAAAAUUUGGGUUAUCUGCUAUUCUUUCCGAGAUCUAUUCGCCUGAGGACACGAACAUUCAGGCACAAUGGAUGGUGACUUACUACAGCUCCCAGUUGUUGAUGACGAUGAGAUCCCGGAAGUUCCGGAGGAACCACCGGACAUUGAGAGCCAGCUGGAAAAUUUCCGUGAGAGCUGGCAGAAUGAAAUUCAACAGCAAGCUAAAGAUUUAAAGCUGAAAGAGGGUGGAUCAAACAUCAACCCAGAUACAGAGGAACAUGCCAAGGUGAUGUUUCUCCAGGGAAUGCGAGCCGAACAGUCUGGAUCACUGUAUGAAGCGAUAUCAUUCUACAGACGAGCGAUGCAUCUUGUUCCCGAUAUAGAAAUGAGAAUAGACUAUACCAGUCUUAUACGCCCACGACGAGUGAGACAGGAAAGUGAGAGCUCUGUUGGCAGUGCUGACUUUGAUGACCUUGAAGAUGACCUUGUUAACCAUUUACAAAGGAUAAGAAUACAGGAGGAUGAGAAUACCAUCUGUCUUCCAGAGUAUGAACAAAGGUCCUCCCACAUUUCCUGUCUGCCCAUAGAAGUCCUUAUCCUUGUUUUCAAGUGGAUCAUUACCAACGAUCUGGACAUGAAAUCUCUGGAGAACCUGUCUGAGGUUUGUCGUGGCUUCUAUCUGUGUGCUCGAGAUGAAGAAGUAUGGCGACUUGUAUGUUUGAGAAUGUGGGGAGUGAACUGCGGCAGUUGUAAGAAGUUUGGCAGCUGGAGAAUGAUGUACAUUGAAAGGCCACAUCUACUUUUCCACGGUUGCUACAUCUGUAAAUGUACGUACACCAGACCAGGCGAGAAAAGUUUGGAUGGAUUCUACCGACCCUGGCAUGUUGUGGAUUACUACAGAUAUGCCAGGUUCUUUCCAGACGGUGUGAUGCUGAUGCAUACAAGUUCUGAUGAACCAAUGGUAAUGCUGGCCAAACUAAGGUCUAAACAGGCCAGAGAACAGGGACUCCUGAGAGGCUACUACCGACUCCUGGGGGACAGGGUAACCGGAGUACUGAAACGAGUGAAAACAGGCAAGGAUAGCAGUGCUUACCUUAAACAUCCCAGGCACCGCGAGCAGAUGAGAAACAUGCACAGCAAUGAACAGACUUACCAUGUGGAGUUUGAGAUCUCCAAUGCAGGAAAACGCAAACACUCUCGACUGAACUGGCUGCAGUACUCGGUACACAUCAGAUACAAGAUCAAUGAAUCGGAGACCGUGUCUGAUUUUGAGUUAAACAACAAGAGUUACCCCCCUUUGUUGUUCUCCCGGGUAAAAAGCUACAGCUCCAUGUUUGAACCCCAAAAUUAGACGACACUCUACGACAGAUGAAGACAGAGAUACUCGGUGAAGAAUAUUUUAUCUGGUAGACAGCCAGUGUAGACUUCCUGAUGGACAGUUCCUCAUCAAGACAGGGUGAUGACGAAGAAUUCAUAAAUUGUACCUAGAAUCCCAUAUUCUUGUGAAAACUUUGAAGAAUUAUUAUAACAAUCAUGCUAAUAAUUUCACAAAAAAAAAUCAUAUGAUUAUGAGAAUUAUUUUGGUAAUUCAACGAAUAAAUCAUGAUAAAAAUUUUAUCAUAAAUUUUAUGAAAAAAACUGUUAAAAUAAUUAGAUUCUUAAUGAUUCAGUAAAAAAUAUAAUAUAAAUUAUCAUGUGGAUUCAGUGUCAAAAUCACAAUAAAAGUCAUUUUCUAUGUUUAGUGACAAUUCAGGGAAUAAGAUUUUUAGAGAAAAGUGUUGUUGUACAUUAUGUAGAGUUUUCAUUUGAGUAUGAUAAUCAACCGAUUCUAAUAAUAUUCCUGAAAGGAUUAUAGUGGUUUGUGAAACCAAAUACUGAAUAGGAUUAUAAAACCCAGAAGAAUGAACUCAGAACAUUUAGUUGAUUUAAUUAAGCUGAAAUAAAUCUAAACAAAAUAAAUUGCACAAAGUCCUAUAAAGUAAGUUCUACAUGAAUGUCACUAUACUCAAUUAAAGUUGACUUCAUUCAGAAGUAAAAUUGUAAUAUUAUAUAAUAUAAUUUCAACCUCAUCAGAACAGAUGUACAGAAGUGUUGCUUACUAGGUAAAUAGUCUUUUUAUAUAACAUAUUACCCAAACUUAUUCUAUAACUAAUUCUAAAUUGUAACAUAAUUGAUUUACAUUUGUGUGUGAUGUUGUUACACUUUAGAAUUAAUUAUAAAAUAAGUGUAACAUGUAGUAUGGUUUGGUAUAGACACGUCCUCGUCAAUGUACUGGACUGUUCAUCAACGGUGGUUAUAUAGUAAUCAAGGUUAACAAUGGUGACAUGGAUAUUGACGAGGCAGACAACACUACCUACAAUAUUCAGCUUCAUUAAUUAAUUAAAUUUUGAUGUUGACUUAUAUUCAAAUGAAGACGGUACAUUGUACAAAGAUUGUGUAAACAUCUGGUUUUGACUAUAGAAUUUAGACUACUUACUAGAGUGUAGAAUUUUUUUUUUAUAUGUUAGUUUCAUUGUUUUUUUUUUCUUAAUUUACGUCUUGAGAAUUUGUCAGUCAUUCACAUAAUUGGCUACUAUAUAAUUAUAUGCUGCCAUAAAUUAUGCACAGUUUUGACAUGAAAUAAUUCAAUUAACCUUUCCUGAACCUAGAACCUACAUGUAUUUUGUUUGCGAUUAUGGCAGCUUCUUAUCUCAGUGGUAAGAAAAAGAUUUUUUUUAAUGUGAGCUGAUUACACAGGGACAUGUUGGUAUAUUUAUAUUUUAUGUGUACAGAUUGUGGGAUGGAGAUCUCAACAAAGUGGAUGUAGCAAAGACAAUUUUCAAGCAAAUGCCAUUCAUGAAUUAAAAAAUUCAUAUUUAGAAAUCUAAUCUAAAUCACAAAAUUUCCUCCUGAAAAACUCCUUUUAAAUUCCUAAAAUUGUCUUCCAAUAAGAAAACCCUGUAAUGGCUAUUUCUAGAAUGUUACAAAAGUAACUAUAAGGAAGUAUGUGAGAUUUUGUUAUCAGGUCCAGGAGAUUGUGGAAAUAUCAAACUGUAAAACCUCUACCAGCAUAAUAAUCUAUGCUGUAACAAUAUCAGCUGUUAAAUAAAUCUGACAUGGAGUCAUUCAACAUGAUAAUAAAACUUAAAGGUCUCCUUG